AUGGUGGAGCCGCUCUCCCAACGCCAAGUAUCUCUUUUAGAUGAGCUUGCCAGCGCGGUAAGCAGUGGCUCACUACAGGUGCCAGAGGAAGAGACCAAUGCAUUGGAGGCCUUUCAUAGACACUGGCAGUCGGUGCGCAAUAAUCAUGUGCAGCACGAGGGCUCAAAACGGCGAGGGCGUUGGCAAUGGAUUUGUCAGAUUCAAGAGAUUUGCAACUCUGCAUGUGAAGAGCUUGAUGCCGUGCUGGGCCAGCUAACAGAGUUGGAUCGGCAGAGGUGUGAGGUGCUUCGCAAAACCACAGCGUUGCACAAGGAAUGUGAGCAGAUGGUUCAGGACCAGGAACGUUUGGCAAGUGAAGCCGAGGCUCUUGCUGAACGGCUUGACUUCUUUGACCGUGUGGCCGAUGUGGCGUGCAUGUUAGAUCAUCAAUCAGCCAACGGUUUGCUUGCCACUGGAACCUCGACUGGCAGCACGUCCGGAAACCAAUCGGAGUUUGCCUCGGCUCUCAAGCUCAGCUCUAGCUCCACCUGGUCCAAGCUUUUCCCCUUUCAUUCCACCCGGUCCACCCGGUCCGGUCCAUAA